UUAAAUUUCCAACGAUCACUAACCGAAUCUUGCAAGAGCUACCAAAAGAUGGAGCAUUUAUUGAGUAUGAAAGCGCCAUCUACGCGGUCAUGAAGUGCCAACAGCUGCAACCGUGAAGCUCCGGUCACACUGAGGUAAAAACAACAACAAAAAGAGAAGAGUAAAAAUGUUAAUUUCCCGGCUAUUACGAAAACAACGCAUUUCCGGCAACUUAAGCUGGUCCCGUUGGAGCAGCGAUGCCGCCAAGGCCACCACCGAGGCUAACCCGCUGGAGGCCAGCGCAGAGAAGCGCCAGCAGCUCAUCAGCGAACUGGCGGAGCCGCUGGACCGCAAAAGCCGGCCCGCCAUCGAUCCCAAGGAGACGAGCAUAAUACUCUUUCCCGGCCAGGGCACCCAGUAUGUGGGCAUGGCCAAGGAUCUGCUCCGCUUCCCCGGCGCCCGCCGCAUCUUCGAGCUGGCCAACGAGGUGCUGAAGUUCGAUCUGCUGAAGAUCUGCCUGGAGGGACCACGUGAGAAGCUGAAUCGCACAGAGCACGCCCAGCUGGCAGUGAUGGUGUCCUCGCUGGCGGCGCUGGAGCAGCUGCGCGAGGAGCGGCCCAAGGCCAUCGAGACGUGUGUGGCCGCUGCUGGCUUUAGCCUGGGGGAGAUCACAGCCCUGGUGUUCGCGGAUGCCAUACCAUUUGACAAGGCGCUGCGCCUAGUGCAGGUGCGGGCCACCGCUAUGCAGGCUGCCUGCGACCGGGCAGCCGGAGCCAUGGCCAUGACGCUGUACGGACCGGACACCAACCUGGGCGAGGCCUGUGCCCGGGCCCAGCAGUGGUGUGUGGACAAAGGCGUGGAGUCGCCCUACUGCGGCAUCGCCAACUACAUGUAUCCGCACUGUAAGGUGGUGGCCGGCAAUGUGGAGGCCCUCGAGUUUCUCGAACAGAACGCCAAGGCCCUAAAGAUCCGGCGGAUGAAGAGACUGGCGGUCAGCGGCGCCUUCCACACUCCCCUCAUGCAGAGCGCCGUGGAGCCAUUUACCAAGGCGCUGAAAUCGGUGCGCCUUCAGGAUCCCGUGAUCAGGGUUUACUCCAAUGUGGAUGGGAAGCCGUAUCGCAAUGCCAAGCACAUCCUGACGCAGCUGCCCAAGCAAAUCCUGAGGCCCGUCAAGUGGGAGCAAACACUGCACGAGAUGUACGAGCGCAAGCAGGGCGCCGACUUCCCGCGCACCUUCGAGUGCGGUCCUGGCAAGGGUCUCGUCCAAGUCCUGGAGAAGGUCAACGCCAAGGCGGCGCAGACGAGCUUCAAUGUUACGGCCUAAAGUUGAUAAUAAAAUCCUGUUGUUGCUUUUAUAAAAAUGUAUUUCUCUUUGUGGCUGAGGAAACAAAAAAUAAAAUAAAACGUGGGAGGAGCUUUUAAACUGCCUCAGAUCCUUAA